AUGUUUAAAUAUGAAAACAAGUAUGGCGCUGAGUUGGUGGCCAUUGACACAUUUGCCGAAAAUAAUGAUACUUUAACGAUAGCACGCUCCAAUGAUCCCAAUCAUAGAGCCUCAGACAAAUAUUGGUUGGGUUUGGCUUCUUUAGAUGAAUUGAGAACCAAUACCUUGGAAUCGGCCUCGGGAGCAUUGAUUUCUCAAUACUCGGGUUUCUGGUCUUUGCAUCAACCUGAUCCUAUGUCGGGUGAGUGUGUAGCAGCCACAUUUGCCUCGACGUUUCAAUCUUGGGAUUUGGGCACUUGCGAAAGUUUAUUGCCUUUCAUGUGCCGUUCUUCGGCCUGUCCCCAAAACUCCAUACACUGUGCCAAUGGCAAGUGCAUUAAUCAAAGUUUCAAGUGUGAUGGCUCUGAUGAUUGUGGUGAUGGUUCCGAUGAAUUAGAUUGUCCCGCCCAAUGUCACUAUCACAUGCAAUCGGGUGGUGAUGUUAUAGAGAGUCCUAAUUAUCCCCAUAAAUAUGGUGCUCUCUCCAAGUGUAAAUGGACUUUGGAAGGUCCCUUGGGCAGCAAUAUUAUUUUGCAAUUCCAGGAUUUCGAAACGGAAAAAACAUUUGAUACUGUACAGAUUUUGGUAGGUGGACGCACGGAAGAUAAAUCUGUAUCUUUGGCCACUUUGAGUGGUAAGCAGGACUUAACUACUCAACCUCUAGUGUCGGCCUCAAAUUUCAUGAUUGUUAAAUUCACCACUGACGGCAGUGUGGAACGUAAAGGUUUCCGUGCCACCUGGAAGACAGAAGCUAAAAGCUGUGGCGGCACUUUGAAGGCUACUCUACAGAGACAAACUCUCACCAGUCCCAAUUAUCCUAAACAAUAUCCUGGCGGUUUGGAAUGUCUGUACAUAAUUAAGGCCCAACCGGGACGCAUUAUUUCCAUUGAGGUUGAUGAUUUGGAUAUUAACGAGGGACGUGACUAUAUGCUGAUACGUGAUGGUGAAUCACCCAUGAGUCGUCCCAUUGCUAAGCUUACUGGCAAGACCCAAAACAAUGAUAAAGUAAUUAUUUCCACCGGUAAUGCUCUAUAUCUGUACUUCAAGUCCAGUUUGGGUGACUCAGGCAAGGGCUUUAGUUUGAGAUAUAUACAGGGCUGUAAAGCCACUAUUUCGGCACGCAAUGGUACUGUUACCUCUCCAGCUUUUGGCUUGGCUGACUAUCCCAAAAACCAGGAAUGUUUCUUCACCAUACGCAACAGCAUGGGCUCGCCUUUGUCUUUGAAAUUUGACAAGUUUAUGGUUCACAAAAGCGAUAAUGUUCAAGUAUUCGAUGGCUCUUCCACCUCUGGUUUGCGCUUGCAUUCGGGUAAUGGUUUUACUGGUACUACAGCACCCAAGCUGACACUAACUGCUUCCUCUGGGGAAAUGUUGAUCAAAUUUAGCUCGGAUGCUUUGCACAAUGCUGCUGGUUGGUCUGCUACCUUCUCAGCUGAUUGUCCAGAAUUAAAACCUGGUAUUGGCGCUUUAGCCUCUAGUCGUGAUACUGCUUUUGGCACAGUCGUUACUUUCACUUGUCCCAUUGGCCAGGAAUUUGCCACCGGUAAAAGCAAGAUUGUUACGGAAUGUAUGAAGGGUGGUAACUGGAGUGUAUCAUAUAUACCCAAAUGUCAAGAGGUAUACUGUGGUCCUGUACCCCAAAUCGACAAUGGUUUCUCUAUUGGUUCCUCCAACGUUACCUAUCGCGGUGUGGCUAUGUAUCAGUGUUAUGCCGGUUUUACUUUCAGCACUGGAGCUCCCAUUGAAAAGAUUUCCUGUUUGCCAGAUGGCCGCUGGGAACGUAAACCCACUUGUAUGGCUUCUCAAUGUCCUCCUUUGCCCGAAGUACCUCAUGCCAAUGUUACUCUGCUAAAUGGUGGUGGUCGUAGCUAUGGCACCAUUGUGCAAUAUGAAUGUGAACCUGGUUAUGAACGUAAUGGCCAUCCUGUCUUAAUCUGUAUGUCUAAUGGCACCUGGUCGGGUGAAGUUCCACGUUGUUCACGUAAACGCUGCUUUGAGUUCCCUAAGAUUGAAAAUGGUUUUGUGGUGGAUUCUGAUCGUCCUUACUACUAUUCCGAUGAUGCUAGAGUUCAGUGCUUCAAGGGUUAUAAACUAAUUGGCAGCAAUAUUAUUCGUUGCAAUACAGAACAAGUUUUCGAAAAUCCUCCCACUUGUGAGGACAUCAAUGAAUGUACAUCCACUCAAUGUGAUUUGGCCACUACCGAGUGUGCCAAUACAGCUGGCUCUUUCCACUGCAAGUGUCGCCCUGGUUUUGCUCCCACCACUGAAUGCCGUCCUGUCGGAGAUUUGGGUCUUAGUAAUGGUGGUGUGCCCGAUGAAAGCAUUAUGACUUCAGCCAGUGAAGAAGGUUUUACUAAGGGUAUGGUUCGUUUGACCUCUAGUGGUUGGUGUGGUGCUUCUGCUGAGCCUGGAGCCAAUUGGAUUUUGAUUGAUCUUAAGGCACCCACUAUUUUGCGUGGUUUCCGCACUACCUCUGUUCAACGUAUUGAUGGCAAUAUUGCCUUUACCUCCGCAGUCCGUCUACAAUAUAGUGAUGAUUUAACUGAUGUCUUCAAAGAUUACACCAAUCCUGAUGGCACUGCUGUAGAAUUCAGAAUACUCGAACCUACUCUCUCCAUUCUUAACCUGCCUAUGCCUAUUGAGGCUCGUUAUGUACGUUUCCGCAUUCAAGAUUAUGUUGGUGCUCCCUGUAUACGUAUGGAAGCUAUGGGUUGUACCCGUCUGGAUUGUGUGGAUAUCAAUGAAUGUUCCAAAAAUAAUGGAGGUUGCGAUCAAAAGUGUGUCAAUUCUCCUGGUAGCUUUGCCUGUGCCUGCAACACUGGCUAUCAGCUUUUCACCGCUAAUGGUACUGCUGGUUUCCCCAUUGAAAGAUCAGAAACUGGUGAACGUGAUGGUGAUAUCUAUCAACGUAAUAAGACUUGUGUUCCAGUCAUGUGUCCUUCUCUUUUGGAACCUGAAAAUGGUAAAUUGUUGACCGAUAAAAAUGAUCAUCAUUUUGGUGAUAUUGUCAAGUUCCAGUGUAACUUUGGUUACAUAAUGUCUGGCAGUUCGUCUUUGCUUUGCUUGUCCAGUGGACAAUGGAAUGGCACAGUUCCUGAGUGUAACUAUGCUAAAUGUGUUUCUUUGCCUGAUGAUAAAUUGGAAGGUUUAUCCGUAGUACGCCCAGAUCCAGAAUCUGUUUUGGUGCCUUUCCGCGAUAAUGUUACCAUUAACUGCAACUCUCCUGGUCGUCAGUUGAGAUCGACUGCUUCGUCUGGUUUCCGUCAAUGUGUUUAUGAUCCUAAACCUGGUCUACCCGAUUACUGGUUGUCUGGUUCUCAACCUUCCUGUCCACGUGUAGAUUGUUACGAACCCAUGCCUACACCUGGUGCUGAAUAUGGUCAAUAUGUUGAUACCCGCUUCCAGAGCAACUUCUUCUUUGGCUGUCAAAAUACCUUUAAGUUAGCUGGUCAAACAUCUCAUCACGACAAUGUGGUACGUUGUCAAGCUGAUGGUAUUUGGGACUUUGGAGAUUUGCGUUGUGAGGGUCCUGUUUGUGAAGAUCCCGGACGUCCUAGUGAUGGUCGCCAAAUUGCCAAGAGCUAUGAACAAGGAUCUGAAGUAUUCUUUGGCUGCAAUCGUCCUGGUUAUAUACUUAUCAAUCCAAGACCCAUUACUUGUAUGCGUGAACCCGAAUGCAAAGUCAUCAAACCUUUGGGUUUGACUUCAGGCAAAAUACCAGACUCUGCCAUUAAUGCCACUUCCGAACGUCCUAACUAUGAAGCCAAAAAUAUUCGUCUUAACUCUGCUACUGGUUGGUGUGGCAAGCAAGAAGCUUUCACUUAUGUCAGUGUAGAUUUGGGUCAAAUCUAUCGUGUUAAAGCUAUUCUUGUUAAGGGUGUUGUCACCAACGAUAUUGUUGGUCGCCCCACCGAGAUUCGUUUCUUCUAUAAACAAGCCGAAAACGAAAACUAUGUGGUCUAUUUCCCUAACUUCAACUUGACCAUGCGUGAUCCUGGUAAUUAUGGUGAACUUGCCAUGAUAACUCUGCCGAAAUAUGUACAAGCCCGUUUUGUUAUUUUGGGUAUUGUCAGUUAUAUGGAUAAUGCUUGUUUGAAAUUCGAAUUGAUGGGCUGUGAGGAACCCAAAAAGGAACCUUUGCUAGGUUAUGAUUAUGGUUACUCACCCUGUGUAGACAAUGAGCCACCAAUUUUCCAAAACUGUCCUCAACAACCUAUCAUCGUUAGACGUGAUGAUAAUGGCGCUAUUCUGCCUGUUAAUUUUACUGAACCUACUGCUGUUGAUAACUCUGGAUCUAUUGCUCGUUUGGAAGUUAAACCCCAAAACUUUAAGACACCUUCGUAUAUUUUCAAAGAUACAGUAGUGAAAUAUGUGGCUUUCGAUUAUGAUGGCAAUGUUGCUAUUUGUGAAAUCAAUAUUACAAUUCCCGAUGUCACCCCACCACUAUUGCAAUGUCCUCAAAGUUAUGUCAUUGAACUGGUGGAUCGUCAAGAAAGCUAUGAUGUCAACUUCAAUGAUACCCGUAAACGUAUUAAGACCUCUGAUGAAUCUGGUGAAGUACGCUUGACUUUCACACCUGAGCGUGCCAGAAUUCCUAUUGGAGCUUUUGAAAAUGUCACUGUUACUGCUACUGAUAAGUUCAACAACAAGGCCUUCUGUAACUUCCAAGUAUCCGUACAAGCUUCACCUUGUGUCGACUGGGAACUUCAACCUCCGGCGAAUGGAGCCAUUAACUGUUUACCUGGCGAUAAUGGUAUCGAGUGUAUAGCAACCUGUAAGUCUGGUUUCCGUUUCACAGAUGGAGAACCUAUUAAGACUUUCUCCUGCGAAACUUCUCGCUUGUGGAAACCUACUUCUGUGGUACCUGAUUGUGUAUCUGAAAAUACCGAACAAGCUGAUUACCAAGUUACCGCUUCCGUAACAUAUCGUGCCAAUGGUGCUGUUGCUCAAUCUUGUCUUAGCAAAUACCAGGAUGCAUUAUCUCAACAUUACGCCGGCCUAAAUCAACUACUAUCCCAACGUUGUUCAGCUGUUAAUGUCAACAUGAAUGUAACAUUCCUUAAGUCAGUGCCCAGUUUGUUGGAAGAAAAUGUUGUAAACAUGGACUUUAUAUUGUCCAUCUUACCGGCCAUCAGACAACCACAAUUGUAUGCCCUUUGCGGUUCAACAUUGAACUUGAUUUUCGACUUAAGUGUUCCAUACGCCAGUGCUGUCAUUGAUUCCCUCUUGAACAUCUCACAUAUUGGCAAUCAAUGUCCACCACUACGUGCUUUGAAGAGUAAUAUAUCGCGCGGCUUUACUUGCAGUGUUGGUGAAGUUUUGAAUAUGGAUACCAGUGAUGUUCCUAGAUGCUUGCAUUGUCCUGCUGGUACUUAUGUUGCUGUUGGUCAAAACAUCUGCACAUACUGCCCACGUGGUUACUAUCAAAAUCGUGACCGUCAAGGUACCUGCUUACGUUGUCCUGCUGGAACUUAUACGAAAGAAGAGGGAUCCAAAUCGUUGAACGAUUGUGUUCCAGUUUGCGGUUAUGGUACUUACUCUCCCACUGGUUUAGUUCCCUGUUUGGAAUGUCCACGCAACUCGUUUACCACCGAUCCUCCAACAGGAGGCUUCAAGGAUUGUCAAGCCUGUCCUCAAAAUACUUUCACAUUCCAACCAGCCGCUUCUACCAAGGACUUGUGUAGACAAAAGUGUGCUCCUGGUACUUAUUCAUCAACCGGCUUAGCUCCUUGCUCACCUUGUCCAGUUAAUUUCUAUCAAAGCAACGUUGGUUCACAAACCUGUAAUGAAUGUCCUUCGAACAUGCGUACAGAUGGUCCUGGUACUAAAGGUCGUGAGGAAUGCAAACCUGUUAUUUGCGGUGAGGGAGCUUGUCAACAUGGUGGUCUCUGUGUUCCCAUGGGUCAUGGAGUUCAAUGUUUCUGCCCUGCCGGCUUCUCUGGCAAACGUUGUGAAAUUGAUAUCGAUGAAUGCGCUUCGCAACCUUGUUACAAUGGUGGCUCUUGUACUGAUUUACCUCAAGGUUACCGCUGCGAAUGUCCACCUGGCUACUCCGGCAUUAAUUGUCAAGAAGAAAUAAGCGAUUGUUCUGAAAAUACCUGUCCAGCUCGUGCUAUGUGCAAGAAUGAACCCGGAUACAAAAACUUUACAUGCUUGUGCCGCAGCGGCUACACUGGUGAAGAUUGUGAUGUCACUAUUGAUCCCUGCACAGCUAAUGGAAACCCCUGUUCCAAUGGAGCUAGUUGUAAGGCUUUGCAACAGGGUCGUUACAAAUGUGAAUGUUUACCCGGCUGGGAAGGUUUCAAUUGUGAAACAAAUAUAGAUGAUUGCGCCGAAAAUCCUUGUCUUUUGGGAGCCAACUGUACUGAUUUGGUAAAUGACUUCCAAUGUGCUUGUCCUCCUGGUUUUACGGGCAAACGUUGUGAAGAAAAGAUUGAUUUGUGUCUGUCGGAACCUUGCAAACAUGGUACUUGUGUAGAUCGUCUUUUCGAUCAUGAAUGCGUCUGUCAUCCAGGAUGGACUGGUCCUUCAUGUGAUAUUAAUAUCGAUGAUUGUGCUGAUCGUCCUUGCGCUAACGAUGGUACUUGUGUGGAUUUGGUGAAUGGUUAUAGUUGUACUUGUGAACCCGGUUAUACCGGCAAGAACUGCCAACAUACAAUUGAUGAUUGUGAAUCGAACCCCUGUCAAAAUGGAGCUACUUGUGUUGAUCAAUUGGAUGGUUUUACUUGCAAGUGCCGUCCAGGUUUUGUGGGCUUAAGUUGUGAGGCUGAAAUUGAUGAAUGCUUAAGCGAUCCUUGCAAUCCAGUUGGUACAGAACGCUGCUUGGAUUUGGACAAUAAAUUCGAAUGUGUAUGCAGAGAUGGUUUCACUGGCGAAUUGUGCGAAACAGACAUUGAUGAUUGCGCUAGCAACCCUUGUUUGAACAAUGCUCAAUGCCGUGAUCGUGUUGGUGGAUUUGAUUGUGUGUGUCAAGAAGGCUGGAGUGGUUUGCAUUGUGAAACCCAAAUUACCACUUGUAAUACUGUGCUUCCUUGUCAGAACAAUGCCAAUUGUAUCGAUUUGUUCCAAGACUACUUCUGUGUAUGCCCUAGCGGCACUGAUGGCAAAAACUGUGAAACUGCUCCAGAACGUUGUAUUGGCAACCCAUGUAUGCAUGGCGGUAAAUGUCAAGAUUUCGGCUCUGGCUUGAACUGUACCUGUCCCAUGGACUACUCGGGUAUUGGUUGUCAAUAUGAAUUCGAUGCUUGCGAUGCUAAUGUUUGUCAAAAUGGAGCCACUUGCAUUGAUAUUGGUGAAGGUUAUACCUGCGUUUGUCCUAAAGGUUUCACAGGCAAGAACUGCGAAGAAGAUAUUGUCGAUUGUAAGGAUAACUCAUGUCCUCCUGGCGCCACCUGUGUCGAUUUGACCAAUGGUUUCUACUGUCAAUGUCCUUUCAAUAUGACUGGUGAUGACUGUCGUAAGACCAUACAAGUUGAUUAUGAUCUUUACUUCAGCGAUGCUUCCCGUUCUACUGCUGCUCAAGUUGUACCCUUCUUUACCGGUGAAUCUUCCAGUUUAACUAUUGCCAUGUGGGUGCAAUUUGCUCAAAAGGAUGAUACUGGUAUAUUCUUCACUUUGUAUGGCGUGGAAUCUCCCAAUAUGGCCAGCAAUCGCCGUCUUAUGUUACAAGCCCAUUCCAGUGGUGUACAAGUUUCCUUGUUUGCCGAUUACCAAGAUGUAUUCCUUUCCUUUGGUGAAUACACUUCCGUCAAUGACGGUCAAUGGCAUCAUGUAGCUAUUGUUUGGGAUGGUGUUACUGGUCAAUUGCAAUUGAUUACCGAAGGUCUUAUUGCCAGCAAGGUAGAAUAUGCCCAAGGUCAAGUAUUGCCACAAUACUUGUGGUCUGUACUCGGUCGUCCACAACCUGAUGAUUCUAAAUAUGCUGUAUCUUAUUCGGAAACUGGCUUCCAAGGAACCAUUACUAAAGCUCAAGUAUGGGCCCGCGCUUUGGAUAUUACUUCGGAAAUUCAAAAACAAGUACGUGAUUGCCGUUCCGAACCGGUGUUGUACAAUGGUCUGAUUUUGAAUUGGUCUGGUUAUGAGCUGACUUCGGGUGGUGUUGAACGUACCGUACCUUCAAUGUGUGGUCAACGUAGAUGUCCCAAUGGUUAUACUGGUCCCAAUUGCCAACAAUUACAGGUUGAUAAGGAACCACCAGUAGUCGAACAUUGUCCUGGAGAUUUGUGGGUUAUUGCCAAGAACGGUUCGGCCGUUGUUACUUGGGAUGAACCUCACUUUAGCGAUAAUAUUGGUGUUACGAAAAUUGUAGAACGUAAUGGUCAUCGUCCUGGUACCACGCUCUUGUGGGGCUCUUACGAUAUAACUUAUAUUGCCUCUGAUGCCGUUGGUAAUACAGCUUCCUGCAGUUUCAAGGUUUCGUUAUUGACUGAAUUCUGUCCUCCCUUGGCCGAUCCUGUGGGUGGUGUACAAGUUUGUAAAGAUUGGGGUGCAGGCGGUCAAUUCAAGGUUUGCGAAAUUGCCUGUAAUCCUGGUUUAAGAUUCUCUGAAGAAGUUCCUGAAUUCUAUACUUGCGGAGCUGAAGGUUUCUGGCGUCCUACUCGAGAUCCUUCAAUGCCUUUGGUUUAUCCUUCUUGUUCUCCCUCUAAACCUGCUCAACGUGUAUUCCGCAUUAAAAUGCUAUUCCCCUCGGAUGUUCUCUGUAAUAAGGCCGGUCAAGGAGUUCUUAGACAAAAGGUUACCAACUCUGUUAACUCUCUUAAUAGAGAUUGGAACUUCUGUUCUUACUCUGUCGAAGGCACCCGCGAAUGUAAGGAUAUUCAAAUCGAUGUCAAGUGUGAUCAUUAUCGCGGCGGUCAAAGCAAUCGUGCUAAACGUCAAGUCAAGGAUGGUGGAGUUUAUGUUUUGGAAGCUGAAAUUCCCGUAUUAAACGAAGCCGAUGAACCUGAUACACGUGGUCGACAAGGACGCCAACAAACUGGCGGCGAUACAUACACGCUGGAAAUUUCUUUCCCGGCAGUGAAUGAUCCUGUAAUACACACCUCCUCAGGCGAACGUUCUACCGUUAAGUCUUUGUUGGAGAAACUUAUUCUGGAAGAUGAUCAAUUUGCUGUUCAAGAUAUAUUACCCAAUACUGUACCCGAUCCAGGUUCUUUGGAGCUGGGCUCUGAAUAUGCUUGCCCGGUGGGUCAAGUGGUCAUGAUACCCGAUUGUGUUCCUUGUGCUAUUGGCACCUAUUAUGAUACCACCAACAAAACAUGUAUUGCUUGUGAACGUGGCACCUAUCAGUCUGAAGCUGGCCAAUUGCAAUGUAGCAAAUGUCCUGUUAUUGCUGGACGUCCUGGUGUUACUGCUGGUCCGGGAGCUCGUUCGGCUGCUAACUGCAAAGAACGUUGUCCUGCUGGCAAAUACUUUGAUUCGGAAACUGGCUUGUGUAGACCUUGCGGUCAUGGUUUUUAUCAACCCAAUGAAGGUUCCUUUAGCUGUGAAUUGUGUGGUUUGGGACAAACUACUCGCUCUGCUGAGGCUACUUCACGCAAAGAAUGUCGUGAUGAAUGUUCUUCUGGUAUGCAGUUGGGUGUGGAUGGUCGUUGUGAACCUUGUCCUCGUGGUACUUAUCGUUUGCAGGGUGUACAACCAUCUUGUGCUGCCUGUCCAUUGGGACGCACUACCCCCAAGGUGGGCUCCAAAUCGGUUGAGGAAUGUACCUUGCCUGUCUGCUCUCCUGGUACUUAUCUCAACGGUACCCUCAACAUGUGUGAAGAAUGUCCUAAGGGCUUCUAUCAACCCGAAUCCCAACAAACUACUUGCAUACAUUGUCCACCAAAUCAUAGCACCAAGAUCACCGGUGCCACUUCAGCUUCAGAAUGUACCAAUCCCUGCGAACAAAUUGCCGAAGGUAGACCCCAUUGUGAUCCCAAUGCCUAUUGUAUUUUGGUGCGUGAAACCAAUGACUUUAAGUGUGAAUGUAAACCCGGUUUCAAUGGCACUGGCAUGGAGUGUACCGAUGUUUGUGAUGGUUUCUGUGAGAACCAAGGCAACUGUGUUAAGGAUUUGAAGGGUACUCCCUCAUGUCGCUGUGUGGGUUCAUUCACUGGUCCCCAUUGUGCUGAACGUUCUGAAUUCGCCUAUAUAGCUGGAGGUAUUGCUGGUGCUGUGAUCUUUAUCAUAGUUAUAGUCCUACUUAUAUGGAUGAUUUGUGUGCGUUCAACUAAGAGACGUGAUCCCAAGAAAAUGCUAUCACCUGCCAUUGAUCAGACAGGCUCACAAGUGAACUUCUAUUAUGGAGCUCAUACGCCUUAUGCGGAAUCUAUAGCUCCUUCACAUCACAGCACCUAUGCUCAUUAUUACGAUGAUGAGGAAGAUGGCUGGGAAAUGCCAAAUUUCUAUAAUGAAACCUAUAUGAAGGAUGGAUUACAUGGAGGCGGUAAAAUGAGUACCUUGGCUAGAUCGAAUGCUUCUCUUUAUGGCACCAAGGAUGAUUUAUAUGAUCGACUAAAACGACAUGCCUACACUGGCAAAAAAGAAAAGAGUGAUAGUGAUAGUGAAGUACAGUAAACACGUUUAAUUAUUUUAACGGCUUUAGUAAUGAAUGGGGAUAAAGUAAAAUAAGAAGAAGAAGUUCUAAAUACUAGUUAUAUUUUUGGAGUAUUUUUUUAAAGAAACUAAUUUAAUUAAGUUUUUAUUCAUUACUUAAGACCCUUUAUGCCGAAAGCUUUACUAAAGCUUCUUUGGCAUGUACAUACAAAAUAACAAACAAAAACAACAAAAAAUUUAUUAAAAGCUUUAUAUUGAUUUGCUGUAAUUUUGUGUAUAAAAUGAAAUUCAUUGGAAAAUGUAAAAUUGUCUUUAAUCUUUUAACUAACGACUUUUUAGUUUAUCUUUUUUA